ACCUCUCAGUUAAGGACGACUAUUAGGCGCAUCUACCGGUACUACCAAGCUUGCAUGUCCUCAUCGGCUUUCAUUUAGACGUUCAAAAUCUCAUCCAGGCCUUCCCUGUAUCUCCUCCCUCUCUACCGCUGUUUAUAUCCUCUUAGUGAAUGAUGACCCUACUCAAAGGCGCCCGUGUUUCUUCCAGGGCGGAAGGCAAGCAACGUGCUCGAGACGAGGGUACCGGUGGUGCUGGUGGCAUGGUGUUAAACCUCGAGAUGGUGACUACUAGCUAUGAUUCAGUUGCCUAUACCGUGCCCGUGUUAGCAGGCUCAGCACAGCAAAACCUUUCCCUUCAGGUUGAUACAGGCUCGUCGGACCUUUGGAUCGCAUCAACAUCGUGUUCCACUGCGUCGUGUUCAUCCACGAGUGGUCGCCUAUACGAUCCGACCUCCUCAACGCCAACUAACGCUAGUUUUACCAUCAGUUACCUCUCCGGAUCCGUCAGCGGGCCCAUAGUAUGGGAUACAGUCCAGCUUGGGACAUACAAUGUACAGAAUCAAGCGCUGGCCGCUGCUAACAUGGUAUCUGAUGAACCCCUCAGCUUAGAUUUUGACGGCAUCCUCGGUCUCGCUCUUCCCCUCAAUUCGGUCAUCGAGCAAGAGAUCCCCCCGACUACGAACAACAACCCAGACGGCGCAUCAUUUUCUUCGAAUCUGUUUUCCAUGACUCCCACCUCCUCAGCUCCAUCACAGCCAUUCUUCUCCCUUACUUUUGCCCGUCCUGGUUCGGAUGCACUUCCAUCACUUCUCGGAAUCGGUAUGCACCCUUCGUCUGUGGUUCCAGAUCCUUCGCAAAUAAAGUAUUCGACACUUGUUAGCCAGGACGCUGGCAUAUUGUUUUGGAAAACGAAUGUUCAAGCCAUCACGGUCUACGUAAAUGGUCAGGCACGUCCUGUAGUACUAGGCGAGUCUGUUACUGGCGCUGCCUUCCCCACUGCGCUGCUCGAUUCUGGGAUGCCAUUUAUCAUCACGACAUCGCCUAUCGCAAACGGAAUAUACGGCGCACUGGGCAUAAGCCCAGCCUCAGACGGUAAUUACUAUGUCCCUUGUACAACGCCACUCAACAUGACCAUUACUCUCGACGGCCAACCCGAGCUACCCAUCCACCCCCUCGACCUCACCAGCGAGCCGUCUGGGCAGCAAAACUCCCAAUACUGUGUCGGCCUUAUACAAGCUGACGACUCGCAACUUACCCCCACUUCCGGCGUCGGGGAUAUGGUCCUCGGCGUUCCUUUCAUGCGCAACGUCUACACCGUGCUUGCAUAUGAACCCCCACCCUUUAACAUGUCUGUCUACACUGGAAUCCACCCAACACUCGGACUCAUGGGACUCACGAAUAUAACCCAAGCGCUUGAUGAGUUCAACAACGUGCGCGUCCUCAAUCAGCCGCUCGACGGCACACCGUCACAACAGGCCGUUUCUUCAAAUGAUACGAAGAUGUCGGUGGGCCUCGAAGUUCUUAUUGGUCUAAUCGGCUUCUUCGCGCUAUGUGUCACACUUUUUGGACUGAAAUGGUUCAUGACACGGCGGCAGUGGAAGAAACAGGGAAUGGUUGACACGGAUGGAGGGAAGAAAGGCGAAGGCGAGUAUAGGGCCUACCAGCUUACAAGGCGGCAUUCGCAGUCGAGCGAUGAUGCUCCUCCCGCCAGUACUCUCAGGACGCUUGCGUACAGCUCACACACAACGAGGAAAGAGAAAGUGUCCGAGUAUACUUUUGACUCAAACGGGACCCGUGUCGAGCUAGAUCCAGUCAAUGAGUUUGGGGAAUGGAAUGUCAAAUACGACCACUCGCCUCCGUCGGUAUUCGACCUGAGCGAUCCUUGGGAUCCUUAUGCUGCGAAUCGAGAUACGAUUGUAGGCACUGAUGCGCCCUUGCCCGAUUCUCCCACUUCCCCCGAUUUUUUGACCACGAACCAUCGACGGACGUCGGAUGGAAUCGGUGGCAUACCGGAAAGCACAUCUGUUCCCUUACUCACAGACCGACAUCACCGAAGAAGCAGCACGCAGAGCAGUGACAGCGACGUUGCGGAGGUUGGUGUUGGCAUGGCAGGUGUUGGCACCAUUGCCCGCGGGAGCCAAAUCGUUACUGGUUUGCAUCAUAACCUACCUCGGAGCGACAGCCCUGACAGGAACUCGUCAUCCUUGGGUUCGCGUAAUGAAGUCGUCACUCCCUCAUGGCGAUUUUCGAUAUCUUGCGAGCAUCCUGAUACUGUUGAUGUUAUUGACAUUCAUUGACGGAGCUGGAUGUGGACUUUAUUAAGAGCAUUACUGUGUCCCGCCCCACUCGGAAUAACUAUGUGGAUCCAUUCUUAUGCGGUUAUAGCACAUCCGUCUGACGUCCAU